AUGACAUACGCUUUAUUUUCAUUGAGUGUAACUUUAGUAAUAGGGUUUGUAGGGUUUUGUUCUAAGCCUUCUCCUAUUUACGGGGGGUUGGUGUUAAUUUUUAGUGGUGCUGUUGGUUGUGCGAUUACGUUAUAUUUUGGUGGGUCUUAUAUGGGACUUAUGGUUUUUUUAAUUUAUUUGGGUGGUAUAAUAGUUGUUUUUGGUUAUACUGCGGCUAUGGCGAUUGAUGAGCAUCCUGAAUCGUGGGUAUCAAGUGUUGAUAUUUUAGGAAUGUUUGUGUUGGGUAUAAUGAUAGAGACAAUAAUGCUUAUGGUGUUGGGUGGUGAUUAUAAGCAAACGGUGGAGGUUACUAUGAAUUAUAAGACUGUAGCUAGUUGAAUAAUUCAUGAGGGAGAAGGGCCAGGAUUGAUUCGUGAGGAUCCGACAGGUGCUGGUGCUUUGUAUAAUUAUGGUGUUUGAGUUGUUUUAGUUACUUGUUGAGCGUUAUUUAUGGGUAUGCAUAUUGCAAUUGAGCUAACUCGGGGUGGAGGUUAG